AUGGCCCAAGUCCGAACAGAGCCCGGAGCCGGCUCCGAGGUGCUGAGCCCCGCAGAGCGAUUCUGUGCUCAAACAAUGUACAUUAUGGCAUCGAUCGGGAGCACAGGGCUACCGGCAGAGGACGUUGUUCUUUGCCAUAUCACCUACACCCAAAGAGGGAGCGUCGUCAGGAUGACGCCAGGCUUCUCUGAGUUCGGCAAGACCUUCCGGGCAGCGACUCCGCGGGGUGUCCCGUACGAGUACACCAUUGAGGACGUGACACAGUAUGACGAAGGAUGCAAGACAGUCGAUGCCGCUGUCGAGUCCCCACCCUCCACGGUCAAUCCAAAAGCAGUACCGAUGAGCCAGGAGGUGGUGUGGUCUGCUUGGGGGGAGAUCGAAAGCUUCGACAGGACUGGGGCACAUGACAUCGACUGUUCCACUCCUGAGGCAAUCCUAAACCAGCAGGGGGAUAAGAACGGCCAUGGUGAAAGUGGUUCGAGUCCUGAUGUGCUCCACCAAGAAACUCGGAAAAGCUUCCUGAACCAACUCCAACCGUGGGCGCGUGCGCUCGAAUGGAUCUGCCCAAAAUUCGUGCUCAUUGGUGCGACUUCAAUCAGCUGCGGAGCGAAUGGAAGUGGCCUGCAUGUGUUUUCCCAUGAUGGGACGGCUCCGAUCAAUAGGGCGAACAUUUCAGGUCGCACCGCAAGCUCCAAAGUUGCCAUCGUUGUCAAUGGGCCCUACGUGAACGUCUUGAAGGCGUUUCCCCUGCACGACGAAGAAAACUGCAAAUGUCAAGGGGAUGUGACGGAGGAAAUAGACAAAGGUCUCGGAGUUCGCAUCAUCCGGAUCUAUGGUACAAUUGCAGCGAAUAACUUCCUACAAAUACCACAUGGGAAAGGAAGACAGAAAUCCCUUGGGCUCAAGGAUUCUUACAUCUACAUGCAAGUAAAAGCCCUGCAAUCCCGGCAUUUUGUAAUUCAUAUGGACAUCUCGACGAUCGAAAAGUUAACCGUGAGAGCAACCUUCAGUAACAUGAUUAAAGAGCCCAAGAACCAGAGACACAACGCCGCAGAGUGCACUGCCUCGACAACGUGGGUGAAGCGCCAGUGGAUCAUGCCUAAGACGCCUGAGGCAGUGAACGUUUUCUUGGUCUCUUCCUUGCCCCAUGCAGAGGGGAUCUGGCAUGUCACCGGCGAAUCUCCCUUCUGUGCUGCAAUUCUUCAAUGCCCGUCGCUGGUUGAAAUUCGUGUCUUUCGGUUCGACAGUCAGUGUCGAUGCAUGGUUGUGGCUGGAGUUGACACGCAAAGACGCCAGCAACUGCAGAUUUGGGAUUUGAGUAGAUUGCGAUCUGAAGGCCACUGCAGCCUCCUGGCUCGGCAAGUCUCCGACUUCGAUGUGACUUGCAUCAAAUUCUCGCCCUUUGACGAAUUCUGUCUCAUCUCCUGCGGCAACGAAAACAUACGGUUCUGGAGGAUCAAGAACUCUCACUUACCCGGCUGCAGUGUCGUGCUGGAGGCAGCCGCUCGAGCGAACUGUUACACCGAUCUCGACUUCGAAUGCUCCCGGACCUUUCAGACCGUCCACGAUCACACUGGCGAGAGGUGGCUAGCGGCGGCAAGGGUCUUCUUCUCCUCGACGUCAGGAUGUGUCGCUCAGGUUGACUACGUCUCCCGCCGGCUGCAGCGAGUCUACAAACUGCAUGCGGCGCCCAUAUGGUCUCUCAGCGUGAGCGACGCCUUCUGCGCAACUGCUUCAGAAGAUGGCUUCGUUCGAGUAUGGCCUCUGACGUUUCAGAGUUGCUUCAUGCAUGUGAAAAACGAGGCGGCCGCCGUGGGCGUCGACGGAUCUGAAGACGGACUUCAGUUGCUUUGCACCGCCGCUGACGGGAGCGUGGGGAUCCUGAACAUAGGCUCUCAGCACUACCAACCCCUUCUCCGGACCCACGCCAGGCCUAUCCGCGACGCAGCAGUAAGCGAAGCCUGGAGGGAGCUCUAUACAGUUUCAACAGAUCGGUCUGUUCGCAUCUGGUCUCUGCCGGAUCUCCACGAGGCGUUUGAGUUCCAGUCAUCGGUCGACCGGCCGACACGCGUAGCCUGCCAUCCCCUCGAACGCGUUCUCGCAGUGGGUUUCGAUAGCGGCGCGCUGCGCGUUUUUGACAUCGACACGAAGCCGCCUCAGGUGAUUUUGGAAGCUCGGCACCACUUGCAUUCGAUUCGCGGAAUCUACUUCGUCCGAAACAGCGCUCGAGACCAUCGCGAGAGUCACGUGGAACAGAGCCGGUGUCUGCUCGUCACUGCGGACUCCUCUGGCGUCGUUUCGAUCCAUGACGAGCGACUGGAAUACCAACUCACUCAACGGGCCGAAAACCCUGGCGUGCACCCACCUCCGGAAGACAUUCCGCCUCUCGCCUUCAGCCCCGAUGGGGCGUUCAUGGCUCGAUACUUCGACGGCUGUCGCGUCUGCUGCUUCGCGUUUCCUUCGCUUCUUUACAAAGCGAAAGUUUGCCUUCCUCGGACUGUUUCGCGGGCCUCCAGUUCUCUGUCGAUGCCCUAUACCGCCCCGUCGAAACACGGAAAGACGGCAGGCGGCGCUCGAAUUACCGCAUACGGCUUUGCGGCAAGCGGCCACGGCGUUUUGGUUGUCUGUUCCAGCAAUUCAAUGAUGCGGUUCUACGACCUUGGAGAAGCAAUGCUUGCGGCAUGGCAAGUGGCCUCUUAUAUGGGAAGACGAACAGCACUCUCGUCAGAUUCAAUUCGCCUGUCGAGAGGGAUCUUCCACCUCUCUUUCGCCUCGCCUGUUGCUGUCCCUGCUGCAGAGAUUCCUCUCAUGAGCGGCGCCAUCACUGCGGCGCUCGUGACACACUUUGAUCUGGAGUCUCACCGGUAUUUCGUGAGAGCUGCCGCAAGGAGCGGAGACGAGGGGCCGUUCGACCUGACGAACGCUACGGACAACGCAGCUGGACCCGGAGAAAACGCGCUCCCUCAAAUUGCGCUGACGACAGCUGAGGACAAUAUCGUAAAGCUUUGGAAUCUGGACGUCUCAGCCUGUCAGGGUCUUCGGCAGCCGAAACACUCUGCCUUUGGUUUGAACGCUUCUCUUCCUCGUACGUCGCGCCCGUGCGCGGGCGUCCCAGGUGCGCCUCCCUCCGCUCGCGCGUGUUCUCUCCCUGGGCUCGCUUCGAACGGCCUCCUCCCGCCUCUGCAGUCGUUCAGCGGGCACCUGGGAACGCCCUUCAAACUCUUUAUCUGCGGAGACUUCGUCGUCUCCGUCAGCUCUGCCGACGUCGUCCUGUGGGGGUUCCAGCACCGCGAGCUCGAGGCCCUCGCUGCCCAGUGUGUUCCUCUUCAGUUUCCGCAGUUCCGUCCCCCGCUCUGCGUGCAUGUGGACGCCGCGAAACCGGAGAGCGAGGGUGAACGUUCUGCGGCUCCGUCUGUCAGUCUAGGCAGUAACGUGGCCUGUCAUCGUGCAUCGCCUGUCCCCGCAAUGACUGGCAAGAACGCGGUGCGUUUGCCUCUUCAACCUCUUGCUCCAAAGAGUGCCCAAAGCGAUCUUUUCGAUUGCAUGAGGGUUUCCGAGGCUGAACGGGAGCGAGGCCACCAGUGUCAUCCAACAGAGCCGUUUGUCGUCGUGUCGUGUUCUUCACUGCCGCAAGCGACAAUUUCCUGCUCUUCACAGUCUGCUCCUUUGCACCCGGAAGCUUGCCAGCGCGUCUCUGGUGACAGCGAGACCAACGCGCACUCUAGCCAGAGAGGGGCACCAGGGUCAGAACCGGAGACGACGGAGCGAGGCCGACCUUCCGCCUCUGCAGAUUCCGCUGGGCGCAUGGAGAGUGAAGUUGCUCAUGUCGAGGUCAUCGAGCCUGGCGACACGUCGCGCCUUCUGCAACUCCGGCACAUCGUUGGGGCUACGGUGGCAAACAGCCGAGGCGGAUGCAUAUGGAGAUCUCAGCAAGGUCUUCUGUGUCACGCAGUCGGCGACUGGGUGUUGGUUGAGCGCCUGAAUGCCCGCAGUCGAUGCGACUCCGAGGGCCAGUGCCUGGGACUGUUGCCCACGCCAUCCUCGGCCCCUCCUUCCGUGGCUGAGGAUGGAGCCUACGGCGUCCUUUGGCGUCGGGCGUCGGGCCCGCUUUUCAGAGACUCUUCUGGCGGCUUCGCGCGUCAGACGAGAUCCCGUGAAACCCCGAACCCCGUUCGCUUCCUCCCCUCAAAUCGCAAGUUUUCUGCGCAAGGCGCUGGCGCAAUCCAACCCCGCUCCCGCGGUAGAGAGGCCGCCCAACGAUGCUACACCCGCUGCUUGUCGCCCCUCCAGUACAACACCCCCCCACGCGCGGGUAGCCGGAGUCGGAAAGACGCGAAAGGCUUCUGCGGUUUCGCCGGUGACAAAGACCGGGCCGAGUUAGACCGUUUCGGUGUUUGUCGGGACGCUCGUCUCGGCGCGGUCUUGACCAUGGCGAUGAACCAGAAAGGGACACUUCUCGCUACUAUCCACACAAAGACCGUUUCUGACGUCGGUAUUCCCCGUCGCCAUUCCUGCGCCUCUUCUAACUGCAAGCGCGUGUUUUGUGCUUCUCGUUUCCUCUCAAUUCUCGAUGAAGGUCGAGUCCAGCAUGAGGGCCCGAAAGACGAACGAACCGGAGAGGACGAAGAGAGUGUCGACAAGCUUCUCGUUGUUUGGCGCCUCGAGGACUGCACGAUUGCUCGGCUGACGGUUCUACCUCGAUCCUGGUACUCCGACCAAGUGUCCAGAGAAGACGUCGCAGAGCCAGGGAAACCCAUCCCUCCAGCCCUUGCCUUCUGCGGUGCAGAGUACCUCAUUGUGGCAAAACGCUCUCACUCUCUCUUCUCUGCCGGUAUGCGCGGGUGUGCUCGUUCGUUCCUCUCAGGCGCCUCCAGCCGUCCACAUCUUGACAUUUAUCUCGUCAGUGACUUCCUCAAAGUCGCGCCUGAUUUGUCGUCUCUCCCAGCCCCUCGUCAUCAGCCCGCCCCGCUUGUCGGCACCGCUGUCGACGUACCCGUCGUCCGUCUGCUCACAUGCGCCCGAACCGAAGAUGUGGAGGUGGUUUACAUUUCUCCGCGGUCGACAAUUUUCUGGAAAAUCGACGCUCUCCACUCCCUUCAUGGAGGCGAGGGCCAGUGCCCUUGCAAGAUGGAAUGCGCUGAAGGAAGGCGCUUUGGAUGCGAAGUUCGCGCAAACUCAAGCCGCGAGUGCGAUGAUAGCGCUUUCGACGUGGACCACCGACUAGCUCUUCAUUUCCAGUUCGCCGAACUUCCCUGGCGCAUGACAGAUGAUCCUGAUCUGUGUUUCACCACGGGAUGUCUGACGCGUCGAAGUGCCUCAAGCCCGACGCUGCUACUGUUGGCGACGAACGCCGGCUUUGUGUAUGGCGUGAAUUUCGACACCAACACCCUGCUCUUUGAGCUUCAAGUUGCCACGGCUGAACCCGUGACUUGCAUCGCCUGCGACCGAGCCCAAGAUCUGCUUUGUGGCCUUGGGUCCACUCUGAAGCGCUGGAGCGUCAACCUCCUCUCUCUUUUGCCGACAUAG